AUGGCGACUCCUCUGCCCACUGGCUCAUUCGCAGCAUGCAGCCUCCAACCAAGUCGAGCUAGUAUCCGGGCGCUGCAUGCACCGAAGCCGCCGCUGCAGAAUGCUGCUGCGGCAGCGUGCGCUGCCGUCCGUCGGGGCUGCGGCCACCGUACUGGCGCGACCAAGAGCAGCCUGUCCACGGUGUGCGAGCCGCUGGGGCCCGACCGGCCCGUCUGGUUCCCCGGCACCGCUCCUCCGCCGUGGCUCGACGGCAGCCUUCCGGGAGACUUCGGAUUUGAUCCUCUCGGAUUCGGAUCGGAGCCGGAGUCGCUGCGGUGGUUCGCGCAGGCGGAGCUGAUGCACGGCCGGUGGGCGAUGCUGGCGGCGGCCGGGAUCCUGGUCCCGGAGAUCCUGCACAAGUGGGGCUUCAUGGAGGAGUUCUCCUGGUACACCGCCGGCGAGCGCGAGUACUUCGCGGACCCUUUGACGCUCUUCGUCACCCAGGUGGCGCUCAUGGGGUGGGUGGAGGGCCGGCGGUGGAUGGACUACCUCAACCCGGGGUCCGUCGACAUCGAGCCGCGGUUCCCCAACCGCAAGAACCCCACCCCGGACGUGGGGUACCCGGGGGGCCUGUGGUUCGACUGGGGCAACUGGGGCCGCGGCUCGCCGGAGCCCGUCAUGGUGCUCCGCACCAAGGAGAUCAAGAACGGCCGCCUCGCCAUGCUCGCCUUCGUCGGCUUCUGGUUCCAGGCCGUCUACACCGGCCAGGGCCCCCUCGACAACCUCUCCGCGCACCUCGCCGACCCCGGCCACUGCAACAUCUUCUCGGCAUUCACUUCCCACUGA